CAGGAGAAGGAGAAGCAGGAGUUCCUGAAGAUGCAGAAAAAUGAGACCAAAAUAACCCCAGAAGACAUGAAGCCGCCGGUGAAGAAACCCAAAGUGCUUUCUAUGUACUUUCAGUGACACUUAUUAUAGUGUAGUAUUAAAUGAGAGCACAUACCAGUAUAUAGAACGCAAUGAGAUUCUAGGAGAUCCAAUGGAAGAGGAAGUGUUGCUACAGAUGACCAAGAUGUCAACGCUCACAGUAAGGGAGAGUUGGGAGAAGGUGGAUUUGAUGUACAUUUCAAUUGAGAGCACCAUUGCUUUGGCGUCAGUGAUUGGGAAUGUGCUGGUUGUCCUGGUGGUGUGCUUGAAUCAGGGUCUGCGAGACCCGACCUUCUGCUUUAUCGUGUCUCUGGCGUUGGCUGAUAUUGCGGUGGGUGUUCUGGUCAUCCCGCUGGCGGUAGUCCUCAGUUUGGGUCUCACCACACAGUUUUACACCUGCCUCUUCAUCUCCUGCCUGCUCGUCAUCAUCACACAGAGCUCCAUACUGUCCCUGCUGGCCAUCGCCAUUGAUCGCUUCCUGCGUGUCAAGAUCCCAACCAGGUACAACAUCAUCGUAACUCAAAGACGGGCAUGGGCAGCUGUGGGCUUGUGUUGGCUCAUCUCUUUUCUGACUGGCUUAGUGCCUAUGGCCGGUUGGCACCGCAGCCCACCCGGAAACGUCAGCACCACACCAAUCCAGUGCCAGUUCACCAACGUCAUGCGCAUGGAUUACAUGGUCUACUUCAACUUCUUCGUCUGGGUGGUGGUGCCGCUGACCAUCAUGAUCGGUCUGUACGCCGAGAUCUUCCGCGUGAUCUGCCGGCAGCUCAAUCGACGAGCCGAGGCCACUUGCGACGCCAGCAAAUACUACCGAAAAGAGCUGAAACUGGCAAAGUCUCUAGCACUCGUUCUGUUUCUUUUUGCGCUCUGCUGGCUGCCACUUCACAUUAUGAACAGCAUUGUGUUUUUCUGCCCUACAUGCAAUGUGCCCAAGAGUGCUUUUUAUGUGGGCAUCUUCAUGUCGCACAUCAACUCUGCACUCAAUCCACUGGUGUACGCGUUUCGCAUUCAACGCUUUCGUGAUACACUGGUUCAUAUCAUCCAGCGCUUUGUGCUCUGUAAAACACCAUCAGCCAUACCGAACCAGCACGGUCCUGGACCCAUCACAGAGAAAACACAAGUUCAGUAGCACUUCACUGGCAGGCUGUGUUCCAAAUGAGAAAAUACACCUACAAAGGGCACUCAGGAGUAAGAACAAUAAUGAUGAAUCCUCCUAGAAAAAACAAAGCCACGUUAAAGAGGAUUUGGAAUGAAGGCUCAACUAAUGAACACUUUAUUCCCAUAAUUCUUUGCGUGGGCGAUAAUUGACUUGGCUAAUGAUGCGUUCCACUCCACUUUCAGACAAACACUUGCAAACUUCCCUCUGGGAAUUUCUAGCACCACUUUAAAGUGCGGUGGAUGAGGGAAGUCUGCAUGGACAGACUCUCAAACUCUCGAUUUUGACCAAGGGAGCGAGUCUGCUUCAUAUGUAUGGCACCUUUAUGUCCCACAAUGCUAUAUGAUUGUGACGCUUCCCAGCAGGCACACAACAUCAUAAGACGAUAAUAUUAGGUUAGAUUUAGGUCAUGAUGUCAGGUGACCAAAAUUUAAUGUCUAGCCAGCAUAUAAGGACAAUGGUAUUUUGACAUACAAUAAUGAGUAACGUCCACACUCCGUCAAGCUGUAACAUCAUUAGGCGUUGAUAUUUGGUUGAUUUUAGGUUGUGUUAGAAAGUGACCAAAAUCCGACAUCAGGCCAAUAUCUUAAACCAACAUCAUAUUGACGUCAAAUACUGACAUUUAUUCAUGAAGUAUGGCAACCAAAAUCCAACAUCUGAUAGACAUCAUAGUGGUAACGUCCACACAACGUCAAGCUGUAAACAUCAUUAGACGUUGAUAUUUGGUUGAUUUUAGGUUGUGUUAGAAAGUGACCAAAAUCCAACAUCAGGCCAAUAUCUUAAACCAACUUCAUAUUGACGUCAAAUACUGACAUUUAUUCGUAAAGUAUGGCAACCAAAAUCCAACGGCUGAUAAACAUCAUAGUGGUAACGUCCACACAACGUCAAGCUGUAACAUCAUUAGACGUAGAUACUUGGUUGAUUUUAGGUUGUGUUGGAAAGUGACCAAAAUCCAACAUCGGGCCAACAUCUUAAACCAACUUCAUAUUGAUGUCAAAUACUGACAUUAUGUAUAAGGUAUGGCAACCAACAUCCAACGUCCGAUAGACAUCUUAGUGGUAACGUCCACACUACGUCAAGCUGUAACAUCAUUAGAUGUUGAUAUUUGCUUGUUUUUUUGGUUGUGUUGGAAAGUGACCAAAAUCCAACCAUCUUAAACCGACAUCAUAUUGACGUCAAAUACUGACAUUUAUUCGUAAAGUAUGGCAACCAAAAUCCAACGGCUGAUAGACAUCAUAGUGGUAACGUCCACACUACAUCAAGCUGUAACAUCAUUAGACGUUGAUAUUUGGUUGAUUUUAGGUUUUGUUAGAAAGUGACCAAAAUCCAACGUCAGGCCACCAUCUUAAACCAACUUCAUAUUGACGUCAAAUACUGACAUUUAUUCGUAAAGUAUGGCAACCAAAAUCCAACGUCCGUCCGAUAGACAUCUUAGUGGUAACGUCCACACAAUGUCAAGCUGUAACAUCAUUAGAUGUUGAUAUUUGGUGGAUUUUAGGUUGGACGUUAGGUUCUGAUGUUAACCUGAUUUUCAUUUUCAAACAAAAUGCAACGUCCCCCGACGCUGGGGUACAAUGUCAAGCAGACGUCAUGUUGAUGUCCUGUGCCAGCUGGGUUGCAUUUAAAAAGUGCUCAAGGGCUUAUGGUGUUUAAUUUAACCCCAUUUCAGUUGCUCCGCCACUAGUGGACACUGGAGUAACGUAUUCAUGAAUAAUGACGUACAUCAGAUGUUACUGCGUAAAGGGAACAAAAAUGAAGCCUGAAACACAUCCCAAGUCAGUUCUAGGGAACAUUUUUGGUCCUCUACACCCUUAAUCCCUUCAAAGCUCUCAAUCUGGAGGGUAAACCCUUUUCAGAGGGAUUAGGGUUUAAGGAUGAGCCCUUCCAAAUGGAACGCAGGGCCAGCAUUCAUUUGAAGAUGUUUUGCUUGUUUUAAUUAGCAGCAAAUUGACUAAAAGAAUUAUGCAAAUGAGAAAACAGCCAAAAAUAGUGCAGAACACGUUGUUAUUAUGCAUUCUGAUCCACACUAAGGAGGAUGCAGCAGACUACAAACUGGUUCAUGCACCUGAAUCAGCUCCUUAAAAUGCAGAAAGAGCACUUGUCCACACUGUGUGCCAAGUUAUAAUGCAGUUCUCCAUCAUUUGAUGAAUUACUGCUGCCAUGAUCGCAAGGAAAUACACAAAUAUUGCUUUUCCGAUGUAACUGCACCAAGCAGAUAGCAUUAUGAUUUGUUAAAAUUAUGCGCUCAAUGUUGAGCUUUAUUUGAGGAGGUGUGUUUGCACGGGACAGAGUGACAACUGAUAAUAUUAGAUUAAAAGUGCAAUGCUGGUUAAGUUGAAUGACAUGUGGGUACUGAAUAAGACACUGUUUUUGGGCUGACAUGCUGAAUGUAAAAAAUAGUUCAACCACGGACAGAUACUGUGCUAAAGAGUCUGCAGCUUUAAACACCUCUUUCUUUUUGAAUGUAAUAAAUUAUGUUGUGGCCUGAUGUUGAUA